UCUUCACUUCCCUAUGGCUCGGGCUGUGGGAAUCUACACAGCAAUGUAGAUAUUCAGCUUAGGCUGGAGCGAGCCUGAUUGUCUACACUGCAAUUUUAAGCUGUGCAGACUGAGCCCCGCAAGCCCAAGUCAGCUGAUACACACUUUGAGACUCAGUGCCCCAGGUUUUGUACUGCAGCAUAGAUGUACCUCUAAAUGACUUACCCACUCUAUGGUGGAGCAGAGAAUUAAAUGCAGGUCUUCUGAAUCCCAGGCUAACAGCCUAAUCACUGGAUUGUCCUUCCUUUAGGGAAGUUUCAUUCCCAAGGCAGCUUUGGACCAGCAUACCCAAAUCCUCCUUAGGUUUUGUCUAUGACGGACUCAGUUAAAGAAAUUCCUCUCUUUAAGGUGAGGAAGUUGACCCUUCAGGAGCACUGCUAAAGGAAGUGGGAAGAGCUUUCUGGAUCCAGAACAACACGAUUCUUUGCUCAGGAUUUUCAGAGGUCUUUUCAAAUACAAACAGUUUCUACAGCACAAAUCCGAAGUCCCAUAGCUAACCCUGAGGCAUAUAGGAACCAUCAGGAUCAGAAUGAGCCUUUGACAUAAGCCUAUCAGAGUGCACAAGAAUUUCAUCAGUCUGUUACGUUUGAAGACCAAGUAAAAUUAUAGUGACAUCUAGUGACCAUUAAGAUUUCACAGUGGUACCGGCAGUAGCAGUAGAAUAUGUUGCCGGUAGAGAACAUUUUAAUCACACAGUAUUCAGAAUUCGAUUAUUAAAAUCGGGGCUGCCACAGACCCGCUCUGCCAUCCCUCAUCCACCCAAACUGCUCGGAGGGCAAUAGAAAUUUCAGGCAUUCAGGGAAUGCAGGACUGGAUCAUCCUUAGCAAGGAAUCAGAGGGUGCUCUGUCCGCUUCAGAGUGGUAACAUGAACAUCACAGAAUAUUUCACCAGAAUUUCUUAUAAUGGCUCCUACAAAAACCCGGAUUUGGAGACCUUGACUGCAAUAUUCCAGCAUCACAUCAGGGCUGUUCCUUUUGAAAACCUCAGCAUCCACUGUGGGGAAACCAUCAAGUUAGACUUAGAACCAGUUUAUGACAAAAUAGUGAGGAAGAAACGCGGUGGCUGGUGCAUGGAAAACAAUCAUCUCUUAUAUUGGGUUCUGAAAACGCUGGGAUAUGACACCACCAUUAUAGGAGCAAAAGUUUACAGCCCAGAAGAAAAUGCAUAUAAUCAUCAUAUUAAUCACCUUCUGCUAAAGGUGGUCCUGGAUGGGAAAGCCUACAUAGUGGACGGCGGCUUUGGAAUGGUCUAUCAAAUGUGGCAGCCAAUGGAGCUGAUUUCUGGGAAAGACCAGUCCCAGGUUCCCGGCAUCUUUCGCUUCACGGAAGACAAGGGGAUUUGGUACUUUGAGAAAAUCAAAAGGAAGCAAUACAAUCCCAACCAAAGCUUCUCUAACUCCAAUAAUCUGGAAAAAAAUGCAUGUAAGAAAGUGUACCUGUUUACCCUUGAGCCAAGAGAGAUAGAAGAUUUCAGGCCCCAGAAUGUGUAUCUCCAGACAUCUCCAGAUUCUCUGUUCGUAACAAAGUCCAUCUGCAGCCUUCAAACCACUGAUGGCCUUUGGGCUUUAGUUGGGUGGAAACUCACCAAGGUUAAAUACAAUUACAAGGAGAACAUGGAUAUGGUGGAAACCACAACACUUACAGAUGAGGAGGUGGAAAAAACAGUGAAAGACAAAUUCAGAGUAAUGUUAGAUCAUAAACUCAUCCCAGUUAACAGCAGCAGAUUGUCUAUGGUUUAGUUUAUUGGCCAGAAUAUAAUUUGCUACAACUACGUCAAAUAGAAUCUCUUUCCCAGCAUCCAAUUAUUGCAAACAAUGAAGGGCUAGGCUGUCACUUUCUACCUCACAUAGAACAAGGGGUGGCACGUAGCAGUGCUACCCCAGCAAAGAAAUUGUGACUCUUGGAGCUACAAUUUCUUCCCUGUUUCUUCCCUGGCUUCAGCUGAUAAAUUAAGUCAUCCAGGUUUAUGCCAGUAGCAGAGUACUUUCCACUCUGUGUGGGCUCCACUGCGCCGGCUGGUACAUGGGGUGGGGUUGGGUGUGUGGGCUGGAGGCAAGUUUCUACCCCGUCCCUGCUUCUUUAACCCAGAAGGCAAAGUGAGGAGGCCAUGCAAGGAAUCCCCUUAUGCCUCCUUGCUCCCCUGCACUGCCAUGUAGAGCAAAACAGACUCAGGCUCUAAAGAAAUGCUACAUUACAGCUGAAAUUUAAUAGCCAGAGAUGCUAGGACAUUCAGAGCUCAGGUUGUCACAGUCACCCUAGGUCUACCCUCUUUUGCAAUUGCAUUAGGAAAAGGGUCUUUCAUUAUGUAGUCACCUAGCUGCACACCUGUGAUAUACCGGGAUUAAUACUUAUGGACUGACUAUUUGCAGCUAUCAAAAUGGCCAUGGAUGAACACAACUGCAGCACUGGGUGGGAAUUUCCUGCCCCAUUUGUGGCUCCUCACAUAACCUGCAGCAGCUUCAUAAUAUAACCACAAAGGGGCAAUUCUAGGGAACAAUUUUUGAGGCACGGACCAAAUAUUUUUGCAUUUAUAAUCCUGACCCAGCCAUGGUAUCUCUGCAACCCACCGUCCCCUUGAAAUGCAUAUGAUUUCUACUCAUCAUAUUAUUGCAUAUUAAUGACUUUUACUCUCCUUCAGGAAGCACUUGGUCAUUUCUUUCUAAUCAAUCUACCAAUUGGUCCUACACUCAUCACUGAGACUUGGGAAGGGCUGUUAUUCCCCUGCCCAAAACAACUAAACAUUCAUAAAGACGGUUCUGUUUGUCAUGAUUAUUUGUACGUUCAGAAAUAUUUUAUGAAGACCAGCCUUGUACAAUAAAAUAUCUG